AUGAAGUACCACAUUCUCUUGGGAUUCUUUGCCGUGGCGGUUGCUUAUCCUGGGGUCAUCCACGAAGAGAUACCACAAGUCGAGGAGAGCUACAAUCACCAGGGUCUGAUUGGGGAGUCUGGGCAUCAUCACCAGAUACAGCAUGAGCACGCUAAAUCUCACCAGUCGAUUAAGUUCGAACACUUCCACCCGGUGCCCGUUUACAUCAAGAAGGAACACAGCCACCUCUUGAAGCAUCCUCUGGAAAAGGGCCAGAGCGAGCAGAAUUUAAAACAAAUCCACCCGGAGACACAGCACAGCCAUGGCGGUGGUCUGGUCCUCGAGGACCACAGAUUGGACACAGAGCAUCUAGCUAACCUUGGACACGGAAGCUACGAACAGGGUCUGGAGCAAGGUGGCUACCAGCACUACGGUGGUUAUGAAGGCUCAGAGGGCUUGAAAUCGUACGGCGAACAUCAACAGCCUGAAUCCGAGGGACAUUACUACGCUGAGCAAGCCCAGGGACUGUCUGGAGAGUCGGAAGGAUACAAAUACGAAGGUUAUAACCAACCGCAC